AUGGAAAUCCCUCAAUUCACCACAUCAACCACCUACGAUGUCGUGAUCGCAGGUGCUGGUCCAGUUGGCCUUAUGCUUGCAACUGAGCUUCAACUCCAGGGUGCUCGGACCCUUGUUCUUGAGCGCAGAGCAUCAUAUGACUUGAGUGUCAAGGCAGGGGGUAUCAACACGGCCUCGGUGGAAGCUCUCGAACGACGUGGUCUCUUACCUGCCCUUCAAGCUACGCGCCAGUCAUUCUUUAUGGGUGCGAAUAAAGAGGUAGGCGCAAAGAUGUCUCCUUAUGCAGCGUCUGUGGGUCAUUUUGGUGGUAUCCAUGUUCCUGCCAGACCUGUUGAUCAAGAUGAUCCGUUGUUACGCGGUCGAGGUCAGGAUGGGUGGUAUCUCAUGCUGCCUCAGGUGGAAUUGGAGAAAAUUUUAUUUUCAAGAGCAUUAGAUUUAGGCGUGGAGAUUUGGAGGGACGCAGCAGUUGAGGAAUUUGAGGAGGAUGAAGGUGGAGUUACAGUUCAGAUUAAUGGACAAGGGAAAAGGGAAGUGCGUGGACAGUGGCUAGUUGGUUGUGAUGGUGGACAUAGUCUUGUGCGGAUGAUGGCAGGGAUCGACUUCCCGGGCACAGAUCCAAAGAUCACGGGUCGCGCGGCCACUGUUGAGAUUGAAGGGGCAGAGAACCUGGAGGAAGGGUGGCAGUAUACAUCUAAGGGAGUGUAUGUAUAUGGGCCUAUGCCGGGGCGGGUGCGGACUGUAGAGUUUGACGGUCCACCCCCGGAUAAGAAUGCGCCUGUUACAGCUGAAGAGAUGGAAAGCAGCCUGCGACGCGUUAGUGGACAAGAUAUCCGGAUAAACAGUGUCAGUGGCGGAACACGCUUCACAGAUAAUGCACGACAAGCGAGCACAUAUCGGCGGGGACGCGUGUUUCUAUGUGGAGAUGCAGCCCAUGUUCAUUCGCCUUUUAGUGGACAGGGAUUGAAUAUGGGGCUUGGGGAUGCUGUCAACUUGGGAUGGAAGCUUGCUGCUACUGUGCAGGGGUGGGCGCCGAAGAAUCUGCUUGAGACGUAUACCCUUGAACGGCAUCCUGUUGGUGUUCACGUUCUGGAUUGGACCAGGGCUCAGGUUGCUGUUAUGCGUGGUGACCCCGACGCAUGUGCGCUGAGGAAGAUUACCACUGAUUUACUUGGGACAAAGGACGGAGCAACUCAUUAUGUAAAGCAGAUUUCUGGCCUAUGGCAGCGAUAUGAUCAUGGAGAUGAUGCAAUGGUUGGGAUGACCAUACCUCGAAUUCAGAUGAACGAUGGGACUUGCCUUACUGAUUAUUUUCACGAUGGCCGCGCUGUGCUUUUUGACCUGGUUGGAAACGAUGAGCUGGCUACUCUCGCUGGUAAACAUACAGGACGACUACGAUUAGUGCAAGCGACGUCGAAGGAUGCUGAAGUUGACGCAUUGUUUGUACGCCCAGACGGAUUUGUAGCUUGGGCAGCUACUUCUGGUGUCUGUGAUGUGGAAACACUGAAAGCUGCUUUGGCUCGUUCUCUUGGGGACAGUUAG